AUGGUGAAGACCGGGGGCAACAACAAAGAUGGGAUAGUUGCGGGAGACGGCAGCGGCGACAUCGUGCAUGCGGAAGGCGGCAAGAGUAACAUAGUGCCUGCGGAAGGCGGCGCAAGGGAAACAGACAAGAUGACCUUGUCUCCGUUUUAUCUCCAUCCAUCGGAUGGACCGGGAAACUUGAUAACAACAGUUCAACUCAAGGGAGAGAACUAUGAAGAUUGGGCUAAGCAUGUGCGGAAUGCCUUGCGUACGAAGAGAAAAUUAGGGUUUGUCGAUGGAACCAUGGUGAAACCAACCACGGACGGAGAGAUUGAACAGUGGGGAGUUGUGAACUCUAUGCUUGUUGCAUGGAUCAUGAAUACGAUUGAGCCUAGUCUUAGAGAUUCAAUCUCGAUGGUGGACGAAGUCCAUGAACUAUGGGAAGAUUUGAAGUUGCAGUUCUCUGCAGGGAACGGACCACGCAUAAGUGAGCUCCGAGCUGAGAUUGCAAACUGUAGACAAGGAGGUGAUAUGGUAGUCGUAUACUAUGGCAAGCUCAAAAAGAUGUGGGACGAGUUGGCGAUAUACAAGCCGAUACGAACGUGCACGUGUGGAGAGCUUAAGGCGCAACUAGAAGAAGAUCGUGAAGAAGAGAGAACAAACACGUUUUUAACGGGUUUGAACUCAGAGAGAUAUGGAGUCGUGCGCUCAACUAUUCAAAGCAUUGAGCCACUUCCAAAGUUGUCACAAGUGUAUCAAUUGCAUUGUGAGAGAAGAAAGGCAACAAACAAUGACCAGAAAUAUCCAGACUGGUGGGGUGAGAGAGGACGUGAUUUUGGUGAACGAGGCAGAGGAGGAGGCACUCGUGGAAGGUUUGGAAGAGAGGGUGGUGUUGCAGGGCGUUCUGGUCGAGGCAGAGGAUCACCAGGACGUGCAUACUCAGCACAAAUCCAGUCAGCUGGAGGAGCACAAGCGAACUUGACGAGACAAGAAGGAGAUUACGAUCGAGCAUCUCUUCCUCAGCUUAGCGAUGAACAAUGGACGUCCCUCUUGACGUUUCUAUCCUCAAAGAAACAAGAGAGUAAUGAAAAGUUGAAUGGUAAGACUAAUUGCGGAGAGUUUAUUAUUGAUACAGGUGCCUCACACCAUAUGACGUGGAAUCUUGACCUUUUGCACAACAUUACGGAUAUACAUCCAUGUGCAAUUGGAUUACCUGAUGGAGAUUCAGCUAUAGCAACAAAGCAAGGCGAUCUGUGUCUGGGAGGAGAUUUGUGGCUCAAAGGCAUGUUGUAUUCGAAAGAAUUGACAUGUUCUUUGAUUUCUGUUGCUAAAGUACUAAAAAUCAUCAAGGGAUCGAUUACAUUUACUGAUGAGUUAUGUGUGUUGCAGGACCGUACGUCGAAGAUGCUGAUUGGAGCGGGUGAAGAGAGAGGGGGAGUCUAUGUCUUUCGUGGAGUUAUGGGGGCAAAGGCAAACAAGGUUGUGAGUUCUGGUUCGUGUGGUUUAUGGCAUCAACGAUUGGGUCAUCCCUCGAAUAAUGUUUUGUCUUAUUUAUCUAGUGAUUUUGGUGUUGGCAAACAAGUUGAAUCUAAAACUAUUUGUGAGAUCUGUUUAAGGGCUAAACAAACCUGA